CCUUCCACCUUUGCCCCUGCCCUGCAUUGUGCUCCCAUCRGGAGCAGCCAGACUUCCUCCACCACGAUGUCUGGCAUCAGGGUAUUCCUACAGAAAAUCCUGAUUCUUCUGCAGGUUUCUCUGUCUGUUGUAGUUGGCAAAACACUGAUGAUACUGUUCCCCAAUGCCAUGAAAAGAUACAUCCUGAAGAUGGGUGAAAAGAGCAGGAUGAACCAGAAUCCAAAGUUCAGCUAUGAAAACUGGGGGCCGACUUUUUUCAGCUUCAAGUACUUGCUGUUUGUGCUGAAGGUGAAGUGGAAGAGGCUGGAGGAUGAAGCCUACGAGGGACACCCUGCUCCCAACACACCAGUGGUGACCCUCAGUGGGGAAGUUYGUCAGCUCCUGGAUUUCAUGAAAGACAACCGACCUUUAAUCCUGAAUUUUGGAAGCUGCACCUGACCUUCAUUUAUGUUAAAAUUUGAUGAGUUCAACAAGCUCAUCAAAGAUUUCAGCUCAAUAGCAGAUUUCCUUAUCAUCUACAUUGAGGAAGCUCAYGCAGUAGAUGGAUGGGCUUUUAAAAACAACGUUGUUAUUAAAAACCACAGAAGCCUUGAAGAUCGAAAAAAUGCAGCACAAUUUCUUCAGAAAAAUCAUCCUCUAUGUCCAGUGGUUUUAGACACCAUGGAAAACCUGAGCAGUUCAAAAUAUGCUGCACUGCCAGAACGACUCUACAUGCUUCAAGGAGGGAAGGUCAUCUAUAAGGGAGGAGUGGGGCCCUGGAAUUACCACCCCCAGGAAAUACGUGCCAUCCUGGAAAAACUGAAAUAGAAAAAGAAGAUGACUUUGGAGUAAAGACUAUUUGGAUAUAGCAGCUCAAGAAUAAUUUGUCGUGCACCUAAGUGUAAGAAAUGAAAAAAAAAAAAGGAAUUAAAAAUAGCCAUAGAGACAAAAAAAGAACCUUUCAUAUGCAUAUAAGGAGCAUCUGUAAUGAGGUUCAUGAUGUUUGUCUAAAGGCUUUCAGGUGUCAUCUUUGCAACGCCAACUUCUGCUCUGUAGUAACUUCCUACACUUACACCACAUGCAGUAAUGUGGGAGCUGGGUCCAUUGAGCUCUGGAUUUACACUUUUAAGAAACAUCCUGCAGCAUAAACUUCAGGAGUGAUGACAUUUGCAAGAGUCCACUGGCAUGCAAAGCAAUUGAUUUCACAUUACUGUACACAUUGCACUUGUAUAYAUAAAAUGUUCCCUUUCACUGACUUCAGGAGGCUUCUGAGCAAGACAAUCUCUACCAACAUCUGUUUCCAUGAGUAUUUGUUAUGAUGGUCCCAGCAUAAAGCACUGGCGGCUGUGACCUGAUUCCAGAAAAUAUUUAUAGAAACAAGGGAUUGAUCUGCAAUUAUUAAAAGUCUGUCAAAGCACUUUAUGUGGCUUCAGAUUAUUUCCCUCCCUGCCCUGCCUCCUUACCCCAGGUUAUUUCUACACGCUGGCAGAUAUUUAUAUUCACCCUUUAUAAUCUGAGUUUGAGCUGAUGAGAACCUUACCAAUUUAAGGACUUUUGAAGGACUUGUUUGACAGUAGGAAGUAMUACAUCCCACUUGUGUAGUUCACAYRUUUUUCCUAUUUAACUCAGAGCACAAGGGAAAAAUUUUACAGGAAAUUGAGUUUUAGUCUGAGUAUUAUGAAUGCCUGAUAUAAACAUAUUAACUUAAAUGGACUCAUUUAUGUUCAGGCGUUCUAGGCUGACAGUUUAGGUUACAAAAUGAGAAAGCUGUUAYUACAAUUAACAACUGCACUGUGUUGUGGUUGGACUUGAUCUUGAAAGUCUUUUCCAAACUAAUUGAUUCUCUUGUAUUCCACAGAUUAAACCAGCAGGGAAUACAUACCACAUC